UUCCCUUUGGAGCCACCCAGCAUCUCGAUAUCGUUUCCACUGUGCGUUUAUGGAGUAAUCCGUUCUUGUAAAAUGUGAGAACGGAACACAAGUGUCUUACCAUUCGAAAGGAAGAAAUAUGACACUGUAUGCUUUGUUGAGGAAGAAUUAUGGCUAUCUGUGAAUUUUAGGAGAGCGAAACCCCAGCGUGUAAGCAUUUAGGCAGAUGUUAAUGGCGCUUUUUUUUUCACUAUGACGUCUUUUUAUGAAAAUCAUGAUAGAAUUCUUUCUUUUUUUUUUUACUUUACCGAAAAACGCCCACGCCAAUGCCAGUUUUAAAGGAGUUCUUUGAGCGAAAACCGCCAACAAGAAGCAGCUAAAUGAGUUUUGUGUGAAGGAAAUUCUACAUUGUGUUAGAAAUGGAAGGUACCAGCUGCAAUUCAGUUUGCCUUUCAAGUUCGCAUAAAAAGAUAUUUUAAGUCUGAUUUACGACUGGGCAGUUUAACCGUGGAAGACGGUUUGUUCAAACCGUGUCAAUCACCGACAACCAAAAAGCGCAGAAAGAAAGGGGUGUCAAGUUCAGGCGCUCAGUUCCUCGACUUUGCAGGUGGUCUCGCAUCAAUUGAAACAUUGACCAGUCUAAACUGAAACUGGAUCAAUAGAAUAUGGCGAAUCCAUGUUUUGGAACAGAGUUAAAGCUUUCAAUAUCGAUUACUCUGGCUUCAUUAUACGGCGUGGCAGCGCUACCCGCCAUCCUUGGAAACGUAACGUUUCUGUGGGUCAUCUACAAAGCUCGCACCGUCAGAACUUUUUCUAACCUUUUACUGAGCUCGUUAGCAAUGGCAGAUCUUUUAGUGGGGCUAGUCAUCGAUCCGCUGUGGAUUGCGAGGUGCGUAUUACCACGGCGUCCGUAUCAUAAUCCGUUUAAAAUCGCCAUCGACUCGCUCUGGAUUCAAACGAGUGUAACCACCACGUUUAACUUGUGCAUUGUAAGCUUGGACAGAUACAUUGCAGUACAGUCGGCCCUUCUGUACAAUCAGAUCGUCACAACAAGAAGAUGUUGCAUGGCGGUAGCAUUUGUAUGGCUCGCAUCUCUAGCGUUUGGACUUUCACGGUUCUUUGUCACAGACCCUGCAAAUUUACCGGCACUAUGGAUGUGUGUGACGGUAGUGACUAUUCUUAUCCCGAUGAUUUUGAUCAUUUUUUGCUACUACCGGAUUUUGGAGGUUGCCAAACAACAAUAUGUAAUAAUUGCAAAGCACAAUGUCCAACGAGGCGUAGAGCUCGUCAUCGAGGGAGUUCGAAACCGAAAAACAGCCAAGACGGUAGGCUUUGUCGUGGCGUUGUUCAUCAUUUCGUGGUUACCAAGUCUGGUCACGUCUUUUAUCCAUUUGACAACGAGUGAUCACUGCUUGAAGCGAAAAAUGCGUUCUGUUUGGCUCUGGGCUGAGUUAAUAGCGUUUUCUUCAUCCGGAAUAAAUCCAUGGUUAUAUUCACUACGAAAUGAUGAAUUCAGGAAGGCAAUGAAACGCACUUUCGCAACUAAACGAAUUUCUUUUAGGAAAAAAGCUACGAAAAGAGUGGACGUGAAGUAAAAACCAGUCAUUUCAUUUAACAUCUUAU